CCUUAUCUCUUUUCACACUGUAACGUUUCGCUCCUUCCUCUCCCAUCUCGCUCCGCUUCGCUUCAUUCUGUCUCUCGACUCGACAGCCUCGGUCGUCAGCUCGUAGAGCUGGAGCGACGAGUAGAAGAGAUUGUCGCCAAAAGACAUGAGCCACCCGUCGAGGUCGUGGUCUGCCGCACCUGCUUUCUCACCGACAGUCUGGCCCACAUCAUUCAGCUCCAGUCUCCUCUCCGGGCGGCUUAUAAGUCAGGCGUCUUGAGGCUUCGGCUGCCCGUCCAUCCGGAUCGCGAGUUCACUCCGAUCACGGCCGCCGACCUGGGCGCCGCCGUAGCUCGCCUCCUCUUGCUGCCGUCUCCGACUGAAGGCGCAUGCAAUCGUUCACAGCUUCAUAUGCUGCAUCUAGCAGGCCCGGCUACUACGGCCGCCGAGUUCGCAGGUCUCUGUUCCGCCUGGCUGAACAAAGAAGGUAGAGCUCUCGGUCGCCAGGCGACCAACAAGACACUUCGACACUACAAAAAGACAUGUUCUUAUCGAAGGGCCACAUUUCACAAUUAG